AUGGGCAGCCUGAUGGUGUCGGCCGCAGCCUCGGCCGCGGCCUCUUCCAUGUUCGGAAAGCGUGACUCCUGGGGACCGGCCGUCAGUUUGGGACCGGCCAAACAGGAGAUCAUCAGUACCACCACCACCAUCUACCCAGGAAAGAUGCCUUCUGGCCAGGAGGGUCUGCUGUACCUUUGGCUGGGAAUCUCCAAUGGCACCGGUGAUCUCAUCCAGAGUGUCAUUGGAUCAUACCCCGCCGGCCAGAGCGAGUGCAGCGGCGCCGAUGCUGAUAGCACCUGGUGUAUCUCUUCCGAGGUCUACGGAAACACUGAUGCCGGUGUUCCCAACCAAUGGGUUGGAGAGCUGACAACCGCCGACGUCAACUACGAGAACGGUAUCCUCCUCAACUACACUCUCAUCGACAAGGAGAGCUACCUCUGGCUGCAGACCAUGACCGAUGCAGUCACUGGUGAUCUGCUGUCUACCUUCAACAAGACUUCUGGUCCCAUGCUGGGCUGGGGCACCGCCAUUGAGUGCAACGACGACAAUGGCAGCGAGUGCACGGGAACCAUCUCCGAGCAGACUUGGGUCAACUCGACCAUCAUUCUCGAAGCCGCCGAUGAGACCUUCAUCGACACCCUAGGUGCUUCCAACGGUGCUACCUAUAGCGAUAUGCUCACCACGGACGGCGGAAAGACCUGGACAUUCGCGAAGCUCACCAUCCCCGCCAUGACUUCCCAGGACGAUAGCAGCAGCAGCAGCAGCAGCAGCAGCCAAUCUGUCUCGUCCGUUAUCGCCGCCGCCAAGACAUCAACUGCCUCCAAGACCGCGACAUUUUCCCAAGCCAUCUCUGCCCCGACUGCCAGCUCGGCGGCUGCUCAGGCCAGUGAUGCCACUGGUGGAUUCGGUGGGUUCGGUGGAUUCAGUAGCUCUGGUUUCCCCAGCGUUCCCAGCCAGACUGCGAGCCACCAAAGUGGACGCCCAAGUCAGAGCGCCUCUCCCUCAGGCCACUUUGGCGGUCACCGGGGCGGCGGUCGAUGGUUCGGUAACGGAAAGCUGUAA